AUGUUCGCAUCCUCAAGCAAGGAUGCUGAAGCACGGCAGACGCCAAGCAAAGAAAAUUCUACCCCUGUUCGCUCUGCGUCGGCCAAAUACUUCAGCGCAAAACCGACGGCCAAGAGGCAGCCUGUCGCGAUGGAAGGGUGGAUACCUCGUUGUGAUCAAUACCUCGAUCGUCUUAUGGCUUCCGAAGCACCCGACCCCAGUCAGUUAUCAACGUGUCAAGCAAUCCUUCACGAUGAAAUGGGUGUGCCUCGGGUCUGCGGUAACCCCCAGCCGCGGAUCAGAUGCCGUGACUGCAUCGACUGCUGCACGGUUCAGUGCGACGACUGUAGCCUACGCAGGCACGAGAAUCUCCCCUUCCAUCGGCUCGAGCGCUGGAAUGAAAAAUACUUCGAGGAUUCCAGCCUUGAUUCCUUGGGCUACACUCUUCGCAUGUGUCCCUUGGGCGAGCGGUGCGGCAAUCCUGUGCCUGCUCAUCGCAAUUUCGUGGCAUUCCAUACAAACGGCUAUCACCGGCUACGUGUCAUGUUCUGCGGAUGCGGAACAGCACUGAAAUACGAACAGUUGCUAUCGUUCCGGCUCUUUCCGGCUACCUCGACGGAGCCUCAAACCGUGUUUAGCUUCGAGUUUCUGAACUUGUUUCACCUGCUCACCUUACAAGGCAAGCUCACGCUCCACGAUUAUUAUCAGGCCAUCAUUCGAUGUACGGAUAACAUGAACAAUGCACCCGGUGUGUGGAGAUACCAUGACGCCAUCCUCGCCACGCGUCAAUGGCGGCAUCUCAAAAUGCUGAAGAGGGCAGGGAGGGGGAAUGAUCCAACAGGGGUAAGCGGUACCCCUGACGGUGGUCUUGCCGUGGAAUGUCCCGCAUGCCCGCACCCUGGACGUAACCUUCCCGACAGAUGGGAGACGGAUCCAAACAUAUGGAUGUAUACUUUAUUCAUCGCGAUUGAUGCCUGUUUCAAGCUGAAGCUUAGGAACCGUGGUUUCACCGCCCCGCCUCUAGGCGAUGGCCUUUCUUACUUUGUGAAGGAGGAGAAGUACCGUGAGCACCUGGACUCGUGCUCCGAUGAAGCACCGGAGGAUGAUGUCGAGCCGUGCGACUCGCAUCACAACGCGGUCAGCCAGAUGAACACGAAGAACAGCGGGCGAACCCUUCUUGUCACUGGACUUGGCGGGGCCGUGUGCGCUCGGCACUCGCUGGUCAGGAAGAACGGUGUGGCUGAUUUAACAAGGGGCGAACGACAAGUCACGAUGGACUAUAUCUUCUGGACAACGAUCUUCGGAUGCGCGCUGUCGUUCAUCAUCGCCUCUUAUGACAUUGCCUGUUCCUGGUCAAUCCACCUCAUGGACCGACUGCAGCGAAACUAUGACCCGAGUUGGGUGGCCGAAUUCGCCAAGAUGGUCUUUGUCUUCUUGCUACCGAAGUUACAUAUUCACACCCAUGGUCCCAAAUGCCGAAGAUUGUACGACUUCCAGCACACGCCUCACGUUGGUCGCACUCACGCAGAAACCAUCGAGCAAUUAUGGGCGCAUCUAGGUGGGGUUGCGACGAGCAUAGUCGAGAUGGCUCCAGCCGCUCGACGUGUCACUCUUGAGGAUCAUAUGGGCAAUUGGAACCACAUGAUGAAGAUGAAUAUGGGUAUCAACAUGUACCGCUCACUCACCGAAGCGCUGGAUCAAAGGAGCAAACAUCGGCAGCUAUUUGACGAGCUUGACGCAACCUUCGACCGACCGACAGUGGAAAGAUGGACGAAGCUGGUGAAGGCAUUCGAACGUGACAAGAAGCAGGGCAAGGACCCCUACGCAGAACCUGAGCUAUUGCAGACCUUCGAUCAAGUUCGGAAAAAACUAGAACAGGAGGAGAAGGCUUCAUUGAAUGCACUUGAGCCGGACCAUGAUAUUUCGCCGGCAAAAUAUGUACAGCAGGCCCUGAAACUUCUGGACAGACGGCGCGCAUUAAAGCAAGAGACCGACAUCCAGCGAUCGGAGCAUCACCGCGUACUGCCUGAUCUACAACGGAAGUGCGAGGCGUUGCAACGCGACGUGAGGAACUUAGCAGACGUCGCGCCAGUAUACAUGCCGUGCAUUGUCAUGAUGCCAGGAGAGAACGCAGUCCAGGACGCUCCGAGCUCCCGAGGCCUAGGAUUCAUACACCUUCCCUCUUCGCUCGGGUCUGACCAACUCAGGUCCACCGGAUGUAUCCGAGAUCUGGUCAAGACCGAGCUCCAGAUGCGCAUAGCCGAGGCAGCGGACACUCUCGAGGCCAUCUGCAAGAUGCGGCGAUCGCUCAUGGGUCUUAUCCACAAAUACAGGGUUCAGGUAUCUGGAUCUACGUCCGCAAAGACUCGAUCGCAUGCUAUUUUGCAAAACAUCGGCCGCAAAAUCCAGCUUCUCGUCAUCAAGUACCGCGAUGCGCGUCUCGCCCUUCUAACGCUUAGCCCUGAUGGGGAUUGGAAGAACUUCCUGCAUGAGCUUGAAAACGACGAUGUCCGUGGCCCAUACCCGGAGGAGGACGAGAGCGAAGGACGCCGCGAGGAUUCAUGGAUCUGGCGAUCCCGAGGACGACUAGUCAGAACGGCGCUCAACCUUGAAGCUUCCUCGGACGGCCCCAGGGUUGAAUCCGACAAAGAACUAGAUGAUACGAUGUUAUAUAUGUGGGCGGGAUCUCGUGCACGCGCAUUCCGGUGGCACGAAGAAGUGCAACUCCUGGUUGAAGAAAUGCGGCGCGUUAUCGCAUUCCUCAACUGGCAGGCACGCACUUGGGAGUCUACAAUCGGCUCCCGAACACGAUCCACCGACGGUGUCACCAGUGUCUGCGCUGCGGACAUCUCUCGUGGUGCAGACUGCUACGCCUAUCGGCAGGCUAGUCUCUGUCGCGCACUCGCAGAAGCGUUCGUGCGUCGAUGGAAGCCACUACUGAAUAGGGCUGGUCUAGGGCAGACCUGGCUAUCACAAUAUCACGCAUCCGCGUCUACAACUGUGCCCGUUCCUGGUCGUCCGCCCGCGUCUCAAGGGAAGAAAUUGUCAGACGCUGCAGGGGAUGAGCUGGACGCCGAUGACUCUGUGGAUGACGAGGGCGAAGAAGGCGCUGAGGGGGAGAUCGAGGAGGACCUCGAGGAGGAACCCGGGGGGAAAGUCGAGCACGACACACCUCUGAACCAUUCGACGGCCUUCAUCACCAGCCUCCUGUCGGAGGAAUGGACCCAUGCCACGUCAUCGCUUUGGUCGACCAUCCCGCAUUAG